AUGGCUAAAAACCCCAAGUUUGAAUAUGAUGCAAAACAGCCUGCAUUUCUCCAGAAGCUCCGGGGCCAGUAUGGAGACAACAGCGGUCGCUUAGAGCGCCCUGCCUUACGACCGACCAGACUCAAGGUCAAAGACGAUGACGACGAUGACGAGCCUACCUACCUCGACGAAGAAAGUAACGAAGUGAUUUCCAAGGAGGAAUACAAGGCAUUGGUUGGUGAAAGCGGCCCAAAAGAACAAGGCGAGGCCAGCAACUCAAAGGACAACUCCACCGAUCAAGACAAAUCCCAAACAGAUCUUCCCACUGGCAAACAGAACAAUCUCACUGAGGUUGGAGGCCAGAGGAAACGAAAACAGGCCAAAGUGGUGGGUGAGGACAAUGCAGAAGCCGAAGAAGUCCAGCCCAAGGCGACUACGAAGAAAUCUAAGAAGCCCAAGAAGAUCAAACUCUCCUUCGACGAGGAAUGA